AUGUCGCGGACGAUGGAGUGGGCGGCGAGAGCAGACCACCUCAGAGGCCUACCAAGAAAACUCGUAAUAGCCACAAUUGGUUCCUUCGCCAAAACGGUGGCAUCUCUCAUCAACACAACCUCCGUUCACAACGCCGACACUCUCCUCCGCCUCGUCCGCUCCAGACCCCAAGGCAUUCCCCUCAUCACGGUUAGCAAUCACAUGUCCACUUUGGACGAUCCUGUAAUGUGGGGAUUCAAGGGUUUUCCAAUCUUUGAUACAAACAUAGCUCGUUGGGUUCUCGCCGCGGAAGAUAUCUGUUUCAGAAAUCCCCUCUAUUCCUAUGUUUUUCGAACCGGGAAAUGCAUACCCAUCACAAGAGGAGGUGGAAUAUAUCAAGAGCACAUGAAUGAAGCGCUUGAGCGCUUAAAUAAUGGAGAAUGGCUGCAUACUUUUCCAGAAGGAAAAGUUUAUCAAGAUGAUGCACCUAUAAGGCGAUUGAAAUGGGGAACUGCUAGUCUUAUUGUCCGUGCACCUAUAACUCCAAUUGUAUUACCAAUUAUUCAUCAUGGCUUUCACGAGGUGAUGCCAGAGAAAUAUAUGUUUGGUAGAAGGCCUCCUUUACCGCUAUGCAAUAAGAAGAUCAACAUUAUUAUUGGUGAUCCAAUUGAAUUCGACCUUCCAGCAAUAAGUGAAAUGGCUAUUGCCCAAUCUCGAAAUGACUCCUUCCCUACUUUUGGGUGGCCCCGAACUUCCAAUGGUUUGGAUGAGGCUGCACAGCGAUAUCUGUACACCACAGUUUCAGAGAAAAUUCGUGCUGCCAUGGAGAAAUUAAGGUGCUAUGGCAAAAGUUUUCUGAAGUCAUAG